UGUAGGACGGGGAGGGACUUGCUGCCCCUGUGGCUAGCUGAUGGGAAAGGGGGGGGGGAGGCCUGCUGGAAGAUAUCUUCCUUGCCCCUGCUCUCGGCGGUCUCUCUAGCUCUCCUCCCCGGGCAGCAACGUGCAAACCACACGAAGAGAAACCGGCCAAAAUGGUCGCUUCUGACGCUCCCUCCCACACCGCUGACGUACAGCGCUGCGUUUCACUGUGGAACGCAGGCCCUCUCCGUGCACAUUAUGGAGUCGCGGAGAUGAUGUCAUCAGAAGGCGUCUUUUGCGAGCAAAGAAUGCUGGCGGUUAUGUUGGGGAUCUUUUGAAGUGGAUUUGGAAGUGUCGGGGAUGAAGUGAGCGCUGUGAGCAGACUGUAUAUGAUCCCCGCCCAGUACAGACUUGUCUUCUCUGGUCCACAUCUCAUACUGUAUUACGCAAUCACCUAAAGAAGCACAGUCAGUAGUUGGAAAUGACAACACCGAACAAGACUCCACCAGGUGCCGACCCCAAUCAAUUAAAAAGAACUGGUACUGUUCGGGAAAUUGGUUCUCAGGCGGUUUGGUCUUUGUCUUCUUGUAAACCAGGGUUUGGAGUCGAUCAGUUACGAGACGAUAACUUGGAAACUUACUGGCAAUCUGAUGGAUCUCAACCUCAUUUAGUGAAUAUUCAGUUUCGAAGAAAGACUACCGUGAAAGCUUUAUGCAUUUACGCUGAUUACAAGUCAGACGAAAGCUACACACCAAGUAAAAUCUCAGUCAGAGUUGGAAACAACUUCCACAACCUUCAAGAGAUUCGGCAACUUGAACUGGUUGAGCCAAGCGGCUGGAUACACAUCCCUCUAACUGACGCUCAUAAAAAGCCUAUCCGAACCUUUAUGAUUCAGAUAGCAGUGUUGGCAAAUCAUCAGAAUGGGAGAGAUACUCACAUGCGACAGAUUAAAGUCUUCACACCAGUGGAAGAGAGUUCAAUUGGCAAGUUCCCCAGAUGCACCACUAUUGAUUUCAUGAUGCAUCGUUUCAUCAGGUGAUCUAACCACGAUCCAAUAAAUGGCUAACCCUAACAUUGUUACAUAUAAACGCUUUUAUUUUCUUUUAUUGCUGUUGUUAAAAUGUAUAGUUUUAUUACCCGACACUAGGUCAUGACUUUUUAAUUUUCAUUCUGUUUUAGUAUAUUGGGAGGUUCUGGUUAUUUUCCUCGCUGUUCACAGGUUUAAUUAUUGCGGUGUUCAUAUUUUUUAUGCUGACAUUUUUACAAACAUGUACUACUGCUAUUAAAAAUAACGAAUCGUUGUUGCAUUCUUUCUGAGAUCUGUUCAUUGCACUGAAAUGUUCUUUAUGCCAAAAACAUGAUAACUUUCACGUUUGCUUUUAUUAUGUACA